UGUUAAGUAGCUUACCUCAGUAACCUAAGAGACUACCCUAAGAGAUUACUUGGAGGGUGAUUAGUGGAGAUUAAGUGACUAGGGGUACUGGUCGUUAUAUUCAAACCUGCUAUAAAAGUCGCAAGAAGUAGAGGUCUCACUCAGUUAGUUGUCAGCUGUGGUGCGAGAACGUUGCUCCUCCGCAAGAGUGUUGUAGUGAAGCUUCGCGCGGAUACUCAGAGAUCACCAUAACCAACCAUCAUCAAGGCCCCUUGUGGAUAUUGCUGCUCUAAGAGUUCAUCUUUGUCGGUUGUCUAAAACAUCUAAAAAAAAUGGAGGUAGUGCAAAGCUCAGCUGAGGUGAAGUACACUCUCACCGUUCCCCAGUUCUCCUACCAGGAGCUCGGUGAAACCUUCACCACUGACUUCCAACUGUCUGUGAACGGUGUGCGAACCAGCUGGCAGGCCACGCUCACACUCUUUAUGAAAGAAAACGUGUGUCCCAGCCAAGACCCCAUGAACAGGAACAUUGGAAUAGCGCUGGAGUGUUUGCAAUGUAAUAUUAAUCGUCCUGACUUCAAGGUGUAUUGCCGUCUUCAAGGGAAAGAUCAGCACGAGAAGAGGCUGGCACGAUCUAGCGAUGGUGGCUAUAAAUGGCAGGGAAUUCUCGUUUCCAGGAUGACCCUUGAUGUGUUCAAACUCCUGAAAGAUGAUGUGCUGACCGCUCACCUACGCUUUGUGGUGAGUGAAAAUGAUUUGGCUAAAGGACUAGAUUCCCGGGAAGAUCUGAUUCUCCACUUACUGAAAAUACAAAAGACAGGAGUGUACAGUGACAUUGAAGUAUUAACAAGUGAUGGCAUGAGGCUGCCAGCUCACUGUGCAAUACUGAGUACCCGCUCGAACCUCCUCCUGCAAAAGUUUCAGUCUACGACAGAGACUCGUGAAUGCGAAAAUGCCAGCACAAUACCCCUUCCAGGUACGAGGACGCCUAGUGCUAAGACUUCCCCGACAAGAGCAGAGAUUCCACUCGACAGUACCUUUGAAGGAGUAGCAUCAACACACCGUUCAGUAACCUCAAUGUCGCCAGAUUCUUCCAGCACCAAUUGCGGGAAAUCGCAGAUCUCAAGACUUUCAAUUAUACAAACAAAGGUGAGUUCGUUGCCAACUAUCAUCGGCUCACCUGUUAGAUGUCUUAAUCCUAGUAGAACACCCAGCAAGCCUGGCAUGACUAACAACAAACGCUGCCUAAAUAACAGCACGAUGUCUCCCAGCAAACUUCCGAUUCCCAAUACAACGCUUCCCAAAAAGGAUCUUUUCUCUACGAGCCAACGUCUUUUGUCUCCCAGCCAACGUCUUUUGUCUCCCAGCCAACGUCUUUUGUCUCCCAGCCAACGUCUUUUGCCUCCCAGCCAACGUCUUUUGUCUCCCACCAAGCGUUCCCUGUCUCCCAGCACGCGUCCUCCUAGCAAGCGGUUCAUGACUCCAAGCAAACUGCUGACGUCCAGUAAGCAACUGAGCACGCCUAGCCCCACCAUUGCGGAGACAACUCGCAGGAGAAUGCUCAGAGCUCCAGAAAAAAAACAUGAUCGAGAACCAUCUGAUACCUUUCACACGGAACCCCUUUCAUCAGAUCGUGACAUAUGCUUCCCCGCUGGUGAGUCAAGUACACCACUAAAGCAACUCGAAAUUCGAAGUUUGAAAAGUCCCACCAAGAAAGAGUUUGUUAAAGUGAAUAUGUCGUCUUCCGUCACGCAGCAACUUCUGGAGUGGAUUUACAUAGGUGAUUGCAGCGACCUGGGCCAUCUAGCGCGACCACUGCUGGUAGCUGGCCUGCGUCACGAGGUGAACGACCUGGUGUGGGCGUGUGAGAACCACCUGGCGGCCGAACUCUCGCCCACCGCCGCCCCCGACAUGCUGUUGCUGGCGCACAAAUAUGGGGCUGCAAGGCUCCGCGAGGCCGCCCUCCAAUAUGCCCUCCAGCACGCAGCAGAGGUGACAGUGCAGCCUUCCUGGUCAACCCUUGCUGCCAGCGCUCCCAGCCUCAUUUCAGAGUUCUCACUACUUCUCGCCCAGCAACGUACCCAAUGUCAACACCCGUUGCAGUCCAACAUCAAGACAUGACUCCAUCGCACACCAGGGACCCACCCCAUCCCACGUUAAGGACCAACGCCAUCCUGCACCAGACUGACUACAUUCCACACUAGGGAUCGAUUCCAUCCCAGAUCAACGACAAACUCCAUCCGACACCUGGGACUGAGUACAUCCCAUACCUGGGACCGAUUCCAUCCCACAUCAACACACCAAGGAUGUAAAUAAUGUAUAAAUCUUUAUAUCCACACACAAUGCCACGCUUAUAAAAAAAUCUGUAUCGACUACCAGAUCCUAUUUAUUUUAAUCACCAGAAAUUAGUUGGAUUUUGAGUACUGUUUAAUGUAGGCUGAAAGCAAGAGAUGGAUAACAGCAAAAUGUAUGAUUCUAAAUUACACCUGUAAAUUUAUAUAUAAAUUAUUUAUAUAUAUAUAUAUAUGUACAAUAUAUAUAAAAUUAUAAAUAAAAAGUUUUUGUAACUUUCGAUGAAUGUUAUCAGGUAAGGUAGACAUUACCUUUGUAGACGUGAAAGAAUUACUAAUGCUAUUAGUACUAAUUCCUCCCCACCCUCCUCAGACUCCAGUGUUUGGCGUAGGCUCUAAAAUGGUCACUGCUUGAUCGCAAGCGGGGAUGUUUCUGGCGGGGGAGAAAGAAACAAUUGCGCAGCGCGUCCCGCGGCGUUGCGCGGGCAGUUUGGGGCCGUAUAAAUACGGGCGCACAAU